UGCGCCGCGAUGAACUACACUGUCGCGGUCCCGGCCCUGAACGCGCUUGCCAAUCCACACGCGAAUGCCAUUGCACCCGUCUUCGCACCAGCUAUCGCUCCAGGAAACCCCCUCGAUAUAAACGACGUUCUAGCCGCAACUGACGACUUUGUAUCCCGCAACCGUCUCCGCGAAGUUGAUGGCGAUUGCGUGACUGAUGCCGAAAUGGGGGCCGCCAGAGUUCGGCGUCAUGCCGUGCUUGGCGAACACGCAGCGAGUAUGUACCCUGGUGCAGGAGCUCCUGCAUGGUUUGCUCCGGCAAUGCAAGCGGCAAUGCAAGCGGCACUUCAACCAAUUAUCCAUGCGUUGCAACCUCUUCUCCACGCGUACGAGUGUAUCUUUUUAUCCACCAUAUUUUUGUCCUGUAUUUACUUUGCUUAGCGAGUCGCGCGGGAUUGCGCGCAUCAUCAAUUCAAACGUGUGCCAACAUAAUGACUUGAUUCAAGAGCUGGUCGACAAUCACGGGGCGGUUCCUGCCAUGCUCCCAGCUGGUUUGACGUUGGGGAUGCUCAAAGCCUUGCCCUCUGCUACCGUCAACGCUGUGCUGGCUGCAUACGAUCAAGUGCCCGUGGGUGACUUAGCCGCGCGUCGCUGUCAACUUGGAGUCUGGUUUGGCUUGAAGCGAGGCUUCUUCUAAUGUGGUUUAUGGACCCAAAGCCAAUAUCGUAUUCAAGCUAACACAAGAGUUCAAUCUGUGACGCAUUAUCCACAGAUUGUUUAUUCGUUUCAGGAGUCUUUUUUAUCUUUUGUCUUUUGAUUUUUUAACAGCGGAUCAGAAUUCUGGCGUGCAUCUCUAAAAACGUUCAAGGGCACUUGAGCUGUGUUAUCGCUUUUUGGCGAGUUCGAGAAGGAAGUGGCACUUGAGCGAGGCUACAGUCAACGUACUUCAACCUUUGCUGGAAUAUUCGUGCAAGUUCGCCUUUGACACGUGUAAGUCGUCCAGUACUUGUAUUAGACUCCUUUGGAAUGACACGGAUAAAACCCAUACGAAAAAAUACUAUUUCACCAACGUUAUCUCUGAUAUUGUGUGUGAAAAAGUGCUUUCUACUUUACUGUGAUAUUGUGUGUUCUACUCAAAAUUUCCUCCGGUGGUCGGUUGAAUGAACCGCCGAGCUACACUUCAGAAUUCAUUCAUUUUAGGAAGUCGUAAUGCACCAGUCAUACUCUUUUCGAUUUAUUACGAUAUCCCGCAAAAUAAACUUGUUGGAGUAGUAUAUUUUUAUUGCGGUUUUCAGGAUAUUUUCGGCCGAAUAGCGCAGUAAAAUUUGCCAAGAAAAUGGUAUCCAGCCAUUACGACACUAGUGAUUUCAAGAGAGAUGUUAUUGGGACAAUCGGGAUAAACCGCAAAUUAUCUCGAUAUUAAUCGAAUUAUAAAGAAAUAUCAUGAUACUGUAUUUGGACCGCCCUUAUAACGUUAGUAUAUUCGAGCACCACACUAUUAAAAUGAACUUGCAGUAUAAUGAUAUUUUGAACUGUAUCAUUUACUACGAAUAUUUCGUCGAAAUCGCUAAGUAAGGCCUCGCUCGGAAAUAUUUCAUCGUUUGCUCUAAAAAAUCUUUUUCCGCCUCUUCUCCACACGUACGAGUGUAUUUUUUUGUCCACCAUAUUAUCGUCCUGUAUUUAUUUUCAUUGCGAGUCGCAUGGGAUUGCACCAUCAUGAAUUCAAACGUGUGCCAAGAUAAUGCCAUGAUUGAAGCGCUGGUCGACAAUCACGGGAUGAUUCCUGCAAUGCUCCCAGGUGA